AUUUAAAUAUGCAACCAAAUUUUGAAGAUCAAACUGGAGAAUAUAUUUCCAAUUUUUGUAAAAUAUUAGAAAAACACACAAGUAAAUGGUCAAGCCUUUUAAAGGAAUCAGCAAAACCCUUACGAGCCUUAAUUAAUUACUGUGAACAGUUGCGUCACGUUGAACAGGCUAAUAUUAAAUAUAUUGACAAUUUCGAAGAACUUAAGGAAAAGCUUCUAUUCAAGAUAUCCGAAGGCAUCGAAGAAGAAAUAAUUUUGAUAAAAAAUAUAAUAAAUCAACUGAAUUUAUCCAAUCAAGAAAUAAAAAAUAAACUGCACAUAUUAGAAAAAUCUACGAUUAAUUUGGACUGGGAAGAAAAAUCCGAUUUAUUGAAAGGAACUGCUUUCCAACCUCCUUUAACUAGGAUCCUUCAAGAGGGAUUAGAUUUCGUUAAUUAUUUUUCAGAUAAUUAUAAACUAAUAAACGAACAUUUCAAAAAGUUGGAUCCAAGAAACGAAGAAAGUAUCAAACGUUUCGAAAGCGCAUUACAAGUAGAAUUGAAAAAUAAAAUCGUCAUCGACUUCUUAGCUUUAGUCCAAUAUAUCUAA